GAAAGCGCACUUAGAUCAUUAAAAAUUGCCAGAGUGCACUCGAACGCUAUUGUGGUGGACGCAGCUUUCCUCUUCACACCGUACGAUAAGACAGAUAGCAGACGAUAUCCCUGGGAAUGGCCCAGAGUGCUGCGACCCCGAUUAUUGUUGGAGUCGGCGACAUCGUCAACAGGUCGAGACAAUUGGAAGAUGCCGUUGAACCCCUAGGCCUUAUGAUCGAGGCCAUCCAAACGGCCAUUAAGGAUUCAGGCGCACCAGAAAAUGCUGUCUCGGAAUUCAAGUCAAGCAUCGACAGCAUAAGCGUUGUCGCAACCUGGACAUGGUCCUACAAAGACCUACCGAGUAUCCUUGAACAGAGGCUUGGGACGCAAGCUCAACACAGAGCAAUCAGCGGACAUGGAGGAAAUUCACCUGGUCUGAUGCUCGAUGAAGCUGCCCGCCGGAUCUCCCGCGGUGAUAGCAAGGUUGCGGUGGUUGUGGGCGCCGAAUCCCUCGCUUCACUGGAAGCGUUCGGUCGUGCCCGCAAGGCUCCAAACUGGACAGAACCGGACCCGAAUGUCCCAAAUAUCGCGUCUGUGAAGAACGUCAAGCUCGAACCAAGUCUGGGAGCUACACACUCUAUCGGUCUUCCUACCCAGGUGUACCCGUUGUAUGAGAACGGAUUUCGAGCCCACCGGGGACAGUCAAUUGCCGAAAAUAACAGCGAGUCAGCCAAGCUGUACGCCGAGUUCUCGAACGUUGCCGUGAAAAAUCCAUAUGCAUGGCAACAUGGAAAGCAGGCAGAAACGGCAGAAUCAAUCGGGACGCCGUCCAAGAAGAAUCGCAUCAUCUCGUUCCCCUACACCCUCCUGAUGAAUGCUUUCAACAACGUCAACAUGUCGGCAGCGUGUAUCCUGACAAACACUGAAUUCGCCAGGCACCUUGGUAUCCCAGAGCUCAAAUGGGUCUACCCACUGGGAGGUGCAGGUACAUCUGAUAGCAACAACUUUUGGGAACGUCCGAAUUUCUACUCGGCUCCCUCCAUUUCGCGGUCACUGGAUGCGGCAUUUCAGGUAUCGGGUCUUCAGAAAGAAGAGAUCGACUUUUACGACUUUUACUCCUGCUUCCCGAUUGUUCCCAAGCUUGCAAGCGCUCAUCUGGGCCUGCCCAUUGUCGGUUCGCCAAAGCCCAUAACCCUUCUGGGAGGGUUGACAUCCUUCGGUGGCGCUGGCAACAAUUACUCCUCCCAUGCUAUCACAGCAAUGGUCCGACAACUUAGAACCCAAACUGGCCGUCGUAUCAAUGGACUAGUAUUGGCAAAUGGCGGGAUCCUCACUUAUCAGCAUGUUGUGCUGCUCUCGAACCAACCCCGGAAAGAUGGAUCAUCCUAUCCAAAGGAGAACCCCCUUCCCCCGGUUCUGACUGACGAGCCAACUACUGCAGUAGACGAUGUGGCUGAGGGUGAAGCCAUGAUCGAGACUUAUACCGUUGACUACAACCGAGAAGGGAAGCCACACCGUGGAUAUGUCGUUGGCCGCUUGAAGAGGAACGGCCACCGCUUCGUUGCGAAUCAUGCCGACGAAGCGACCCUCCUGCAACUCGCUAGUGGAUCAGAAGAGCCGAUUGGAAGAAGGGGGUUUGUGAAGUAUGCUAAGGACCAGGGAGGGAAGAAUCUUUUCUCGUUUGAAAGGGUGGAAAAGUUAUGAGCGACACCCUCGACGAUCCAGCGCUCUCCUGUAUCCUAUACAGUACAUAUGUCGUACUAGCAGACUAGCUCUAAUUUAAACAGAAGUAUCUUAGGAA